AUGACAUGUAAUCCAACUUGGGAAGAAAUAAGUGAUGAGCUACUAUCUGGCCAAGCACCACAAGAUCGGCCAGAUUUGCUUACAAGGAUUUUUCAUGCAAAAUUUGAAGAGUUGAAGAAUGAUGUUAUAAAAAAAGGUGUUUUAGGCAAAGUUCUUGCAUAUGUAUAUGUCAUUGAGUUUCAAAAGCGCGGUCUCCCCCAUGUUCACAUGCUUCUCAUGUUAGAAGAAAAUGAUAAGCUUAAUAGUCCAGAUGAUUAUGAUCAGGUGGUACAGGCUGAAAUACCAAAUCCAAAUGAAGAGCCUGAAUUGUAUGGUGCCGUCUUAAGGCAUAUGAUACAUGGUCCAUGUGGAAUACACAAUUCACGGUCACCCUGUAUGAAACGUGGUAGCUGUAAACGAAAUUAUCCUAAGCCAUUUGCACCAACUACAGUUCAAGGAAAUGAUUCUUAUCCAGUCUAUCGUAGAAGAGACAAUCAUGAUCCAAUCCCAUUAUAUCAUAAUGCACGUAUAAUGGUGGAUAAUCGGUGGGUCAUUCCAUAUAACUCAUGGCUACUCCUCAGAUAUGAUUGUCAUAUUAAUGUUGAGAUUUGUUGCAGCAUUAAGAGUGUUAAGUAUCUGUACAAAUAUGUUUACAAAGGUCCCGACCGAGUAGCUUUUGAAGUCCAUCAUGAACCUAUUCAAGAUGAAAUAAAGCAGUUUAUUGAUGCAAGAUGGGUUUGUGCACCUGAAGCUUUAUGGAGAAUAUUCAAAUUUGUAACUAAUCGACUUUAUCCAUCGGUGGAACGAUUACAAAUUCAUCUUCUUGAAGGACAAACUAUUCUUUACCCUCACCAAAGAGUAGCAGAUAUUUUGGCAGAUGACACUAACUCGAUGACUAUGCUGAUAGAGUUUUUUACCAAGAAUACCACUUGCCCGGAAGCACGACAAUACUUAUACCGGGAAUUCCCUGAACGGUUCAAAUGGAGUCAAAGAGAUAAACUCUGGAGUGAGAGGAUGAAUAACCAUAAAGUUAUUGGCUGGAUAUAUGCAGUCUCGCCGAAUGAGGGUGAAAAUUUCUACUUACGCAUCCUUCUUAGUCAUGUUAGAGGACCAACAUCAUUUGAGAAUUUAAGAACAGUCAAUGACAUUGUACAACCAACAUUUAAGAAGGCAGUGGAACAACGAGGUUUGCUAGAAGAUGAUGAUAGCAUCAGACAAUGUCUCUGUGAAGCCAUUAACAUUCGCAUGCCGUUAACUUUGCGAAGGUUGUUUGUUACCAUCUUAGUUUAUUGUGAGCCACAUGAAGUAAGAAGAUUAUGGGAUAAAUUUCAUUCAUUUAUGGUGGAAGAUUAUUCUGUUUCAAGUACCACAAAUAAUACUUCUAUCUUGAACAAGCUUUUGCAAGACUUGAACGGACUAUUAGUGCAACAUAGUAAGUCUGUAUCUGAUUACGAUUUACCACAAAUAACACAAGAUUAUGUUAGAGACAACACACUUCCAAGGAUAAUACAAGACGAAGUUUCACUUGACAUCUCUAAAGUAGACCUCUAUGCGGUACAAAAUCUAAAUGAAGACCAAACGGCAGCGUAUAACUCGAUUGUGUCUGCUAUUGAACAACGAGACAAUGCCAUAUUUUUUGUGGAUGGUCCUGGAGGGACAGGAAAGACAUACUUAUAUCGUGUUUUGUUAGCAACCUUAAGGAGUAAGGGUCAUAUUAUAUUGGCAACAACAACAUCUGGAAUUGCAGCAACCAUAUUGCCAGGUGGAAGGACAACACACUCUAGAUUUAAAAUUCCCCUCAGUCCAGAUGCAUUUUCCACGUGUUCUAUUAGUAUCCAGUCAGAUUUGGCAGAAUUGAUAAGAAAAACAUCAGCUGUUGUUUGGGAUGAAACACCAAUGGCACACAGAUUUGCAUUUGAGGCUCUCGAUCGAACGUUCAAAGAUAUAAUGGUCGUUGACCUACCAUAUGGAGGAAAGGUCAUAAUCUUUGGAGGAGAUUUUCGACAAGUUCUUCCAGUUGUUUCAAAAGGUACAAGAUCUGAAUUGAUGCAAGCAAGUAUGAUUAAUGCUUCAUUUUGGGAACACGUGAAAAUCAUUCGUCUUAGGCAUAACAUUAGAUCCAUCAAUGAUCAAGACUUUUCAGAGUUCUUACUUCAUGUUGGUAAUGGGGAACAAGAAACUAUGAUAGACAAUAUGAUGCAAUUACCAUCAUCUAUGGUCAUUCCAUGGAAUGGUGAAGAAUCCAUUGUCCAAUUGGUUAAUGAAGUUUUCUCCCGAUUUGGAAUGUCAUGUAUGUGA